CAAAUUAAAAAGAGUAUUCUCUCGUCUACAAUGGAUGAAGUGGAACUUCCCAGUCAUCGACACCCUUUAAACCGUAGAGAGUUAGUGUCCGGAGGAGGAGAAAGUCGAGUGUGCGGUUUAUGUGGGAAAGAUGUAACAAAUGUGUCUGCUUAUGAAUGUUCACAAUGUUAUUUCACUGCGCAUCUCAACUGUGCAGAGAAUCCACCAUCUCUUGUGAUCGAUAUUAGAAAGAUCCAUGAGCAUACACUCACCCUUUUACCAAGACAUGUCUCUUACACUUGUAACGCGUGUGGACUCUGUCUAGACAAAUCUCCGUACGUAUGUCUCAAGUGUUCAUUCAUGGUAGAUGGAGGCUGCUUACACAUUCCAAGAGUUAUAAAGCUCACUCGUCACAUCCACCGCUUGGUUUAUACAUGGUUUCUUGGCCCUCGAAACUUGUUAUGCGGAGUUUGUCAUAAGAAAGUUGACGGGAACUACGGUGCUUAUAGUUGUGCCAGGUGUCGUGAUUACGCUGUCCACACGAAAUGUGCAACCAGAAAAGACGUGUGGGAUGGAAUGGAGCUCGAGGGGGUGCCCGAAGAGGUUCAUGAUCAGGAGGAUAAUAUUAAUAAUACAUCAUUUCAACAUAUUGGUGUGCGUCACUUUAGUCAUGAACAUGUUCUAAAGCUCAAAACCGACAAAGAAGAUAUUGGGGACAGAGAUGUAGUUUGCUCUGGCUGUUCUUUCCCCAUAGCUUCUGAUCCAUUUUACAUGUGUCAGCAAUGCGAUUUCUUUCUUCACGUCACAUGCGCUAAUCUGCCUCGGAGGAUUCGGUUGGCUCUACAUCAACACCCACUUACUCUUUACACGAGGGACGAUGAAAUCUCAUCAGGUGGUCAUAAUAGCGUGGGGCUCUCUCGAUGUGGUGCUUGUGACUUACAUUUCAGUGGGUCUAGCUUCUGUUGCUUGGAUUGCGACAUCGAAUUCGAUGUUAGAUGUUGUUUAGUUUCUGAACCAUUUGAUUACCCUCUUCACCCCCAUCCUUUGUUCUUUGGCACUGAAACCAGUAUGACCAUGAGCUGCUGCAGUCUAUGCAAUCAACAGUCGCGGAGAUUUGUUAUAAAUUGUAUUAUAUGCGACUUCAUUAUGUGUUUCGCGUGUGCAACCUCACCCGACAAAAUAAAAUACAAGUACGAUGAGCAUUUGCUACACCACACCGUUGGCGAAGAUGUUACCACCACAACCAAUCCAUAUUGGUACUGUGACAUAUGCGAAAGGGAAAUCGAAGAAAAGAAGCAUCACUACAAGUGUUCUGACUGUGGUCCGGUUCUACAUGCCGAGUGUGCGCUUGGAAGUUUCAGAAACAUGAGACCAGGGUUUCGUUUCGUCACAAAGCAUGGACAUGAGUAUGAGGUUAUUCUCAAUGACAGGACAUCACUACUACGAUGCAGCCAGUGUCACAGUGAAUGCCACGAACCACUACUCUUGAUGUCGUCUACUACUAAUAAUAAUGAUGAUAUUACUUACUUAUGUUCUUCUACUUGUUUCGAUACUUUCGUUUCGGUCUAAGUAUGUUUUUCUGUCUAUGUACUGUUUUUCUCUGUUUUGUGUUUAUUUGUUUAUUUUUGUUAACC